AUGACUACAGCCACCUUCAAAUACAUCGAUCCCGCGUCCUACGAUGCGACUGCGACUGCACCUUUCAAGAAACCAUGGGGAAAGGUAGAUGGCCCUGGAUAUUCUUUUCGUUUAGCUGAUCAUCAACGUCAAGUUGAGAACAUCCGCGGUCAAGAAGCAAGCUUCAACACCGACAACGCUGGUUUCGCCGUCUUUCGCAAGCCAUCAAAAGAGAAGGAUUUCACAGAUGACACGGCUGUCCGUGAGGGAUACUACAAAGAGGUGGAAGAUGCUCUGCGAGAGAAGAUUCCCGGCAUCAAGAAGGUUGUCAUCUUCGAUCACACCAUCCGUCGUAGAGACAAGACUUCGCCCCGUCAGCCUGUCCAGCAGGUCCAUGUAGACCAGACACCUCGUGCUGCAGAGACUCGAGUACGCCGUCAUCUUCCCGCCGACGAGGCUGAGGAGCUGCUUAAGGGCAGGUACCAAAUCAUCAACGUCUGGCGACCAAUUGGUCACAACGCAAGCGAUUUCCCUCUAGCUGUCAUUGAUUGGCGCACAACCACCGAGAAAGACUUUGUCAAGGUUGACCUUCUGUACCCGAAGCGCACCGACAACGACAAUGAUGACAGAGGAAAGGAGGUCCUUCCAGACUCUUCCUCGAUGACUUCGACCGAAGGAUAUGAGCCAAAGGGAGAGACAUAUGCUGUUGCUCCGUCUGACAAGCACAAAUUCUACUACAUGAAGGACAUGACGCCCGAUGAGCUCAUGCUUCUGAAGUGUUUCGACAGCAGGAGUGAGUGGUCGCCCAACAGCACAAAGGGCCUAGCUCAUGGUACUCCUCACACCGCUUUUGUUGACCCUCAGACUCCGGUAGAUGCACCUGGCAGACAGAGCAUUGAAGUCAGAUGCCUGGUCUUUUAUGAGUAA